GUCCACAGCUGAAUCACACACAUCACAACCUCUGCAUCUGUACCAACAAUGCAUAUUCGCACACCACUGACUGCUCGCAUCGUCGCAACCGACAAUGUCCCCCUUCUUGGUCAAUCCUUUGCCAGCAACUUUGACCUUUCCAAAUCAAAGGCCAUCGAAGACGCCAAGGCCAAGUUUCCAAGUCUCAUCGAAGAACUCUUCGAAUCCAAGGCCCUCGACAAGGAUGGUCUCAUCUUUUCCCUUGACGUCUUCUCGGCUAGCACAAACAGCUCCAUCUAUAGCUACAGGCACGUCGGAAAGAAUGAGGAAAAGUCCCUUACUGCUGGCAAUCUGACCGACACGACGAUUUCUCGCACCGGAAGCGUUUCGAAGCUCUUUACCGCGUAUGCCUUUAUCGCCAAGGCAGGCAUGGAGGUGUUUAGUCACCCCGUUACCAGGUAUCUCCCUGAGCUAGCUGGCAACAAGAGCGAGAACCCUCUGGAAAGAAUAGACUGGGAUGAGAUCACUGUUGGCACGCUUCUGUCCCAUCAAGCUGGCACUGGAGGAGUUUCAGAGGGUCUAAUUUUGGAGGGCCUCAAACAUUACCGAGAUCUUAGGCGUCCAACAACGACUGCGCACCACACGGCUCUGUACUCCGAUGGUGGCUUCAGUCUCUUGACUAUUAUCUUCUCCCGCCUGACAGGCAAGCCGUACGGCGAAGCCGUCAAGGAAAUUCUCUUUGAGCCUCUCGGACUGGACCAGAUGUCAUCAGGAGCGCCCAACGGUUCAGACAUUGAUGCGAUUGAUCGUAGGCCCGUUGAUAACUCUAGCUCGUGGGGUGGUAACCCUGAGUUUGUCGCUGGAUCUGGUGGUAUUUACGGCAGCACCCGAGAUUUCCGUCUUGCUGGUCUAUCCAUCUUGAACUCUGAAAUCCUCUCUGCCGCCACUACUAAAGCCUGGAUGAAGCCCUUGAGCGGAACUGGCUCCCUAGUUGAGCUUGUUGGCGCUCCGUGGGAAAUCCAGCGUCUUAUGAUCCCUGCCACUCCUGGCUCAAAUCGCACCCGUCUCUCUGACCUUUACACCAAGGCGGGUGGAAAUGGUGACUACACUGCCAUUAUUGCUCUCUCUCCUGACCACGGCAUCGGCUUCUCUCUCUUGGUGGCUGGUAGCUCGGCUACUCCAGCUCGCUGGCCCCUGCGUGGCGCUCUUGGCGAGACCUUUAUCCCAGCUGCCGAGGCCGCCGCAGCGGAGAACGCAAAGGAGAGCUUCACGGGCACGUUUGUCGCUGAAGGUGCAGAGGGUACCAACCUUACCAUUACCUUCGACGAGGGCAAGCCUGGAUUGGGCCUAGAUUCCUUGUAUUUCGAGGGUGUUGAUAUCCGCUCCCAAAUUCUCGGAUCACUUGAGCCCUUUCCCAUGUCAGUUCGACUCUACCCGGCCGGUAUCACUUCUUCAAAGUCCCUUUCCGCUCUGUAUAAGAGCAAGGGCAAGAUUUCCGUCAAGCACACGGCGGUCAUCAGUCCCCUUCCACUAACGCCUCGGGCUGAUGUCGAGGGUGGCAAGGGAGGUCUGUUUGACAAUUCGCAGGCUUGGAUGAGCAUUGGACAAUAUGGAUCUGGGGAUGAGUUUGUGUUUAACCUUGUUGAUGGAAAACUGGAGAGUGUGACGAGCAUUGCUUUGAGAGAUGCUGGUGUUGAAGGGGACCUGAAGCGAGUUGAUUAG